GCUUAAACAAAAACACGAAGAAAAGUGGCGCGGCGUGAAUAAACACAGGGCGGCCGGUAACGCAGGGGUUUGGGGUGUAAUUGAACUUGGAGUAAAUGUGUUUAAAUGAACUUGAAUCGUAAUUAAAUAGAGUGGAAAUGUUUAAUUGAGGUGUGUGGUGCAGUUCUACUGAUUACAGGAUGCCUUCUCUUACUUUAAAUGGAGUUACAGUGGAGUUUCCUUUCACUCCUUAUUCAUGUCAGACGGAUUACAUGAGCAAAGUGAUCGAGUGUCUGCAAAAUAAAGUCAAUGGAGUGCUCGAGAGUCCGACCGGUACAGGGAAGACGUUGUGUCUGCUCUGCGCGACGCUCGGCUGGAGAGCGUAUUUUAAAGACUCCAUAUCUGCCAGGAAGAUCGCCGAAAGGAUGGGAGGUGCAGAGCUUUUCCCCGACAGGCCCGUGUCGUCUUGGGGAACGUCAGCGACCGAUGGUGAAACAACCGCAUAUUACACAGACAUCCCCAAAAUCAUCUACGCAUCGAGGACGCAUUCUCAGCUGACCCAGGUCAUCAGCGAGCUCAAGAACACCACGUACAGGUCGGAACGCUGUCAGAAAGUGUUUUUAUUCACUUUCUGGGAAAUCUAUUUAGUGUGUUUUACUCUAAAAUUGGAUUAUAGGCCGAAGAUUUGCGUUCUGGGCUCCAGGGAACAGCUGUGCAUCAACCAGGAGGUCAUGAAGCAGGAAAGCAAUCAUGUUAAGGUCCACAUGUGUCGAGCAAAGGUCUCCUCUCGCUCCUGUCUUUUCUACAAUAAUGUUGAUGAGAAAAGUACCGACAAGGACAUCGUGAAUUCCAUCUUAGAUGUUGAAGAUCUUGUCAAAACGGGAAAAAAGCAAAGGGUGUGUCCGUAUUACUUAUCUCGCUCUCUGAAGCAGCACGCUGACCUCAUCUUCAUGCCCUACAACUACCUUCUGGAUCCAAAGAGUCGCCGAGCUCACAACAUCGAGCUCAAAGGAGCCGUGGUCAUUUUCGAUGAAGCACAUAAUGUGGAGAAGAUGUGUGAAGAGUCUACCUCCUUUGACCUGACUCCUUACGAUCUAACGUCAGCCAUCGACGUUGUGGACAAGCUGCUGAGGGAGCAGGCCUCUGAUAUCGGCAAAGGAGAAUCUUCAGAGGAUUACGGCGGGGAAUCUUUUAGCUCAGGUCUGAACCUGGACAUCACCACUAUCGCUAAAAUAAAACAAAUUUUAAUGGACCUGGAGAUCACUGUAAACAGCUUUGAGAUGCCUUCUAAUAACCAGGGGAUUACCAAGCCUGGAAGCUUUAUUUACGAGCUUUUCCAGAAAGCCCAUGUGACCUAUGACACCAAGACUGCGAUCGUAGAGGCGAUGGAGCAGAUCACAGGAUAUAUGGCAGCCAAGCCGGGGAUUUUUCUCAACACCAGCGGCCUGCAAAAAGUCGCAGAUAUUAUACAACUGGUGUUUGCUGUGGAACCAGCAGAGGGCGCCGUGCACAAGGGGAACGCCAUGCACCAGUUCAAGGUUCACAUUCAUCCAGAUGUGAGCAGUUUCAAGAAAAAGCAGAGCGUCGAUCUGUGGGCGUCGUCCUCCACAAGAAAGCAAGGGAAUGUGCUGAGUUACUGGUGUUUCUCUCCGGGAUUCAGCAUGCAGGAUCUCCUCAGGCAGGAAGUGCGCUGCAUCAUCUUGACCAGCGGAACCCUGUCGCCUCUUUCAUCCUUCACCUGUGAAAUGCAGAUCCCAUUUCCGGUGAGUCUGGAGAACCCUCACGUUAUCCAGAAGGACCAGAUCUUCGUCAGUAUUAUCGAUAAAGGGCCAGACGGCGUGCAGCUCAGCACAGCUUUCGACAGGAGGUUUGUUCCAGAGAACAUGGCAUCUUUGGGAAAUACUAUUGUAAAUUUAAGUCGAGUGGUUCCACAUGGCCUGCUGGUGUUUUUCCCUUCAUACCCGGUGUUGGAUAAAACACUGGAGUAUUGGAAGGCCAGUGGUCAUGUAGACCGCAUUGAGUCCAUGAAGCCCAUGUUUGUCGAACCCAAAGGAAAAGGAACCUUCACAGAGGUGAUUGAUGGCUUUUAUGACAAGGUAAAUGACUCCAAGUCAAACGGAGGAAGCUUCUUCGCUGUGUGUAGAGGAAAGGUGAGUGAAGGGUUGGACUUUGCGGACACGUAUGGGCGUGGUGUGAUCAUCACUGGCCUUCCCUACCCCCCGAGAAUGGAUCCCAAGGUGGUGCUGAAGAUGCAAUACUUGGAUGAGAUGUGCAGAAACAAAACCAGUGGUGUAAAGUAUCUGUCUGGGCAGGAGUGGUACAGACAGCAGGCGUCUCGUGCCGUGAACCAAGCUAUCGGUCGAGUGAUCCGUCACCGUGAGGAUUACGGUGCCAUCUUUCUCUGUGACUACAGGUUCAAAAGUGGGAAUGUACGUCAGCAGCUCCCGUCGUGGGUCAGACCUUAUGUCCGAACCAAUGAAAACUUCGGCGCUGUGGUUCGAGACGCUGCACAGUUUUUCCGAGUCGCACAAAAGCUUAGGCCUGUGCCAGAGAAAAAGAAGUUGAAAGGUGUGGAGUGCGAGAGCCAGACAGCUAAAAUCGCCAACCAGACGAGUCCAGGCUGCAGUCGUGGAGCUCAGAGUGCCUGGGACUGCAGUUCGUCUCUCAAAGCUAAAGGGUUCGACUCUCACGUGCCAAGUCUGAAGAAGAGGAAGCUGGGCGAUCGUUGUGAGAGAGAUGGGACAUCCAGGAUUUGUGUCCAGUACGAGAUGGAGAUGAGUUCCAGCAAGAAGAGACCAUUGGGUCUGCUUGAUGCUCUGGAUAAAAGCGACCCCAAUCAAGACGAGGAUGAUUCCUUGGUUGGGGAGGAGAAGGCCAGCCGCUUGUCCACGUUAUCUCUACAGUAUGAUAAACGCCUGGAUGAUGAAUCGAGGGGAGGGAAACGCAAACUGAGAGUAGUGCAAGAACGGAAACCCAUAGACUCCAGCGCAGCAGGCAAAGGCAAGGCCUUUAUGCUGGAGCUGAGGAGAUGUUUAAGUCAGGAGAGCUACAUGCAGAUCAUCAACACCCUGCAGACGUACAAGGCCACAGAUAACUUCGAGGACUUUUUAGCAAAAACGACAGAUAUUCUCGUACAAGACCCAAAUACACACAGUCUGCUGAGAGGAGUCUAUCAGUUUGUUCGGCCGCACCACAAGAAGCAGUUUGACGAGCAGUGCCAGCUUCUUACAGGCAAAGGCUGCGGGUACAAGCCCGAGCACUCCAUCUCCCGGCAGGAGAGAGCGUUACUCGUGAAACAAACAGCCAAAGUGGAAACCGCUGAAACAUGCACCAUCGCCCAGUUAGACACAAACAAGCAGCUCAAUCAAGGUGGAUCUCAUCUGGGGACGCAUAACUUGUGUGGAACGGAUGCGAGUGUGAAGCAUCAGAACCCACCACAGUCUGGAAAAGACAGUCCAUUCAGCGCUUCCCUGCUGUCUGACAUUAGAAAGGCUGUCGGUGCUGAGAAGACUGGUCUGCUUUUCUCAGCGUUGAAGGAGUACAGGCAAACUAACGAUUACGAGCAGAUGGUGUCGACAGUUGUGGGGCUGCUGACCGAGCGAGACGAAGACAUCGCUCUUUUACAACGUUUAAGAGGGUUCAUUCCAGUUCACCAUCGUCAGCAGUUCUCCGAGAUGUUAACUUCCUUGACUGGGAGCGUAAUAGUGCCUUGCCAGGAUUCUGAAGAGGGUUCAAGUCCACCUGUUUCAGUUUCACAGCUCUGUUCAUCAAAAUCACAAAGCAAGAUAUCUUCUUUCUUCUCCUGACUGAAUCCCACAAGCAGCUCUUCCUGGCAUUCCAAUCUUCACUUGGACCAUAUUGGACAUUUUUUAAAGAAAUAUAAAAUGAUUGUUUUUCCAAAAAUAAAUAAAAAUAUUUUUUUACUCAUUUCUAAAUAUUUGUUUUACUUUUCACAGUAAUUUGUGUGAGAUGUGCAGAAAUUCCAGCUGCUCUGUGUUUUUCUCUUUGUUACAUCUAUAAAAUGUAUUUAGAUUGGUUUAAAUCAGUUGAUUAAUACAUAUGCAUUUAUAUACAGCUGAGGUGUUUAUCUGUCCAGUUCAGGUUGAACCAAUCUGAUCAUGCUUUUCUGAUCUCUGUGCCUGUCCAAUUUCCUUUUUGCAUUAAUUGUGUGGAACUCUGCAGAAAUAAUAAUGAAAUUAAAAAAGAGCAUCCAGAAUAA